AGGAUGCUGCGGCGAGCGCGGAGCCGGCGCUGCAGGACUCCACGGCUGCUGCCCUGUCCAGCCCUCCCAAGCCAGGAGAGGAUCUGGAGGUUGUCCCAAAGGAAGAGCUUAACCAUAUCCCAAGUGGUGGAGUUUCGAGUGAACCUCUGGAGGUGGAGCAGCAGCUCCCGGAGCAGGACGCCACCGACUCCACAGAGCAUCCAGCUGAUACACCCAGCAGCCAAGGAGAACUGGGACCCCAGGUGGGACAGGCAAGUGAUGGAUGGUGCAUGAUGAACUUGGCAGGAACUUCUGAGGAUGACUGUAAGGACAGAAGUGAGGAGCAGCCAGGUCAGCCAGCUGAAAGUAAGGACUUGGACCAUGAAGAGUGGGAAGUAGUUUCUGAGCACCUGGUUGAGGGGGAGGCUGGAAAGGAUGGCAGUAUGGAAGACUCUGACAGCAAGGAAUGGGAACAAGGAGACUGCUGUGAUGGGGACUUGAAAGCCAAGAGGGUUGCAGCUGUGACCCCCAUGUUCCAGAACAUCCACGUGGCUUUCCGUGUGCACUACAUCACACACUCCGAUGCGCAGCUCAUCGGUAUCACUGGGGACCAUGAGUGUCUUGGCCAGUGGAACAGCUAUGUGCCCCUCAAGUGUGACAAGGAUGGCUUCUGGUCCCAAUCCAUUAGUCUGCCUGUAGACACCAGAAUGGAGUGGAAAUUUAUCUUGGUGGAGAAUGGGAAGGUCAGGCGCUGGGAGGAAUGUGGUAACAGGACCUUAGUGACUGAACAUGAAGAUCUAACUGUUCAUCAGUGGUGGGGAUACCAUUAA